AUGGACGAGUUUCAGAUCACAAGGAAUGAGUCAUGGAUGAGAGAAUCUCAAUUCUGGCGUAUAUAUAUUGCUGGCUUGUUGUUGGCAAAGUUGGUCAUACAGGUGUUGUCACCAGAGUUCCAGUAUGCUUGGUUGACAGUCACAAUAAUGCAUGCAGCAGUCACCUAUUGUGGAUUGCAUUGGCAAAAGGGUCUACCAUUCCUCUUCCACCAGGGCAAGUACUCACGUCUGACUCUCUGGGAGCAGAUUGACAAGGGACAACAGUACACACCAACCAGAAAGUUCUUCACAUUGGUACCAAUCGUAUUGUUCAUGAUCACAUUGAAUGACAAUGGAUAUGGAGGAAUACCAUUCUAUCUCAAUGCAGUGCCAACAUUCAUCUUGCUGCUGGCCAAGAUGCCUCAGUUGCAUCGUGUCAGAAUCUUUGGAAUCAACAAGUAUUAA